AUUACUCACACAUGUUCAUUAGGCUGUUUUAUUGGGUUUUAUGGUUAAAUGUUUAUCUCGGCUGAUUUUUAGCUGUUUUUGCGGACAGUCUUGUAGAGCAAAGUGUUUAUGUAGUGGGUCUGUCUGGACUGGAGAAAAUGCUUUUGACAGUUUAGGUCGUCCUGCACGAACCAUACUGCUCUGUCAGUCCUCACUGCGGGAUCGUGGGGUUGUAAAUAGUAUGUGCAGGCGGCAGAGGGGUGAAAAUUUAGACGCGGUGCGCGUUUUCCCCCGAAAAGCAAUCGAACUAGACAUCUUUCAAAGUUGACUAAAUAGCACAUGGGGGAUAAGAUUAUAAACGGUGGUUGUGUAGUGCGUGGUUAAAUACAAAGAUAGAAGCGUUAACCAAGGCAUCCGCCGAUUUCAUUUUUUAUCUCAGUGCAUGCUUUCAAACGCGGAGUUCGCUUAGAAACCGGAGUUUGCACUCUCGCUCGCUCUUUCUCUUCUUGACGUUUUAGUUUUGUUGUCCUCUGCCAAAAGCCGUGCACAUUGCGUUUUCAGUGUGUUAUGAUGGUGUAAAUCACAUCCUAAGCUUAGAGAUUGUUUCUGAUUUGGUUGUGGAGUUGUUGAGCGUGCGUUUGUUAUUUGUUUUUAUUAUUUUUUUUUCCUGUAGCGCGGAGAAUCAUUCAUGUCAUCACUGAUAUUGUCAUUAUCGUUUUUUGUCAGAGUGUUACAUUUUAUAGUAUUUCAGCAAAAUAUGCAAGUGUUCGCAAGUGGAGAUGCGAUAGAAAAGUUUGUAUCGUUUUGCGGUUGCUGUCACUUGUAACAGUACGAGCGCAGCGGACCUGCACAAGUUACUCUGUAGCCAUGUGUUUUCUUUUAAAUGUAUAUAUUUGUAAUUUGUCGCUAGUGUGUUAGGUGUUUCGUUUUAAAAAUACGUUGUAUAAAAUGCACCAUAUGUACAUAUGCAUAUGGCUUAACAGACAUAGAUUUAAAAAAAAAAAAAAAAAAAAAAUAAAAACAGACUUUAAAGUGCUGCUUGGCAUUGAGCGAACGGCUCAUAAAUCUGUCCGCUGUUUGCGUGUUGUGGAUCGGACUAUUCCUGGAGUGAGCACAUUUAAUGGCGUUUAGUUACAUAGGGUGAAAGUGUUAAAUACGAUUUACCGCUUAAUAAGAUGGAAACCGAGAGCAAGAAUGCGAGACAAAUAAGAGCUCAACAGAGAACGCGCUCUGCCAUAUGACACUUUUGUGUGUUCGUGAGAAGUUGAUGAUGUUUAUACGGUCGUAGUGAUUUAGGAUCGUUAAAUGCCGGCAAAGCAGCCAAAUAUGACUUGAUAUGCGAGUUGCAGGUGUCGUUCAGCGUCGCUUAAUGUCAAAACGGUCUCUGGGUGACAUCUCGUGGACACAAAACUUGGCGAAAUAAAACUAGUUGUUCAGAACAUCAAAUCAAAGUGGCUAAAAGUUCUUCGGGUCAGUUUCAGAAAGGUUCUGAAGAGCUGGUGUAUUUAGGUGUUUGUGUGUGUGUGUGUGUGGUUUUUAUUUGUUUGUCCAGUGGUUAAAAUCCGAUUCCAUUACUGGUCAUCUGCGUGUUUGCCUCCUCACACAAGAGCAUUACAAGAGUCAUGGGCUGAUUAAGCUGCUUUGGCACUAUGACAGAGCGCGGUCGGGGAUAUUGAUGUUAUGUAGGCUGAAAUGGAAAUAGAAUCUCUAAUACUGAAUGUUCAACAUGUGAGAAAUGUUCGCCUAACUAUUUAAAGGCGUCCAGUGAAACUAUAUUUGUGUCAGGGCGCCAGAUGUGACUGGGAGACCCGUCUGAGGUGAAUCGUUCAAUACGUGAACUUGCGAAAGCAGAAAAAGGGUUGUCACAAAAUUAAUCUAUUAAGAAAAUAAACUCUUCUACGGUAUUAACAUAAUUCUUGGGUUGUGUUUGUUGACUAUUCCACUUUGUCUGUUAUUACACUCAUUCCUCAAUAGUGAAGUGUAUCGGUCCAGAGUACUGCAAUAAACAGCCUAACUACAUUUUCCCAUGACUCACUCCAGUUUAUUCUCCACACAUAAAGACUUUAAAAUCGCAGGGAAAGAAGCAAUUUUCUUCCGAAGGCAAGAAAUCUCGAAAAAAUGGCUUGUGCAGCCGACAGCUGCAUCCAAUUCACACGUCAUGCAAGUGAUGUUCUGCUCAACCUGAACCGACUGCGUAGCAGAGAUAUCCUCACAGAUGUCACGAUUCUGGUCAACAGACAACAGUUUCGAGCACACAAAACAGUCCUUAUGGCAUGCAGUGGGCUCUUCUACUCAAUCUUUACUGAUUCACACAAAUGCAACCUGAACGCCAUCAGUCUGGACCCGAAGGUCGACCCAGAGGGUUUCGCAAUCCUUCUGGAGUUCAUGUACACUUCACGUCUCACACUGAAGGAGAGCCUCAUCAUGGCCAUCAUGAACACGGCCAUCUAUUUACAGAUGGACCACGUUGUUGACACCUGCCACAGAUUCAUAAAGUCCAGUGACUCCUCCAUCAAACUUCCCAGAGAGGACUUUCUGGUCAGCCCCUUGCUUUUACCUCAAGACGUUCACAGUUACAGACCCCAUGAGGUGAUGGAAAACGUUCCUGGACGGGGAGCGACUUUCAGAGAUGGGAGACCCUAUGGCGUCUGCAUGUUUAACGGAGUAAAUGCUCCUAACAGCUCGUACCUUUACAGCCAGUUUCCCAUGCAAGGUUUUCCCUUUCCUCUUUGCAAGCUGACAGAUACCAAAAACACUUUCUCAGACUUCUCAAAGGGAGGAAUCAUUCAUCACAAACACUGCUCGCCGGCUGACGGCAACAAUCCCAUCCUGGCCGACUUCACCCGCAGCGCCACUGGCGGGAGCUCAACCGCUUGCCAUGCCAGCUCAUACUCCUCGAGAGAGCUGGGAAGAGAUGAGGAAAUGAAGCGGGAGACCUUGGAGGGAGUGGUCCAUUCGAUUGGGAUGAGCUCCAGGAAGCACGGUUUCACCAGCCUGGCUCAGGAGCAGCAGAGGGAGACUGGGAAAGAGCAAAGUUCCCUGGUAGAGGAACACUUGAGCCACCAACACUACUCCAUGGGCAUAUCCUCUAAUGGACGUAAAACCUUGAUGAGCAGCCCUCAGAGCCCUCUGAAAUCAGACUGCCAGCCCAAUUCCCCAACAGAAUCAAGUAGCAGCAAAAACGCAGCCCUCACGCAGGCCUCGCAACCUCCGACCUCUCAAGGUACUCAAGACCCUAAAGCUCGCAACUGGAAGAAAUACAAAUUCAUCGUUCUCAACCAGAGCUCCAAAGAGGAGGAGACAAGUCCUCGUGACCCUGGAAUGCACUCCCCGCAGAGGCCAGGCUUGUCUGCUUUUCUUCACCAUGUUGAGUCUGAACAUCCCGACUCGAAGGCGACAACAAAGAUUACAGAGCAAGGCGAGGACUUCACCGUGCCGCAGGCCAGUCGCCUCAACAACAUCAUCAACAGCAGAACUCUAGAGGGAUCGCAGAGGAACAGCGACAGCCACUCUUCUCUCUAUAUGAGCCAUUUAAAAUGCUCGUCCUGCGGCUCCCAGUCUCCACAGCACUCUGACGUCUGUCCCAACACGUCCGCCUCGCGUCUGGCCGAGGAGAUGUCUGAGAUGCACUCCGAGUACUCCGAUUCCAGCUGUGAAAAUGGAACAUACUUCUGUAAUGAAUGCGACUCCAAGUUUGCAGAGGAGGAAGCCUUGAAACGCCACACGCUUCAGGUCCACAGCGACAAGCCAUACAAAUGUGACCGUUGCCAAGCAGCAUUCCGCUACAAGGGAAACCUUGCCAGUCACAAAACAGUUCACACCGGAGAGAAACCGUAUAGAUGCAAUAUCUGCGGGGCUCAGUUCAACAGACCAGCUAACCUCAAAACCCACACACGAAUUCACUCAGGAGAAAAGCCAUACAAGUGCGAGACAUGCGGCGCUAGAUUCGUACAGGUCGCUCACCUUCGGGCUCACGUUCUGAUUCAUACCGGAGAGAAGCCAUAUCCGUGCGAAAUCUGUGGCACUCGUUUCCGCCAUUUGCAGACGCUGAAAAGUCACCUGCGAAUACACACGGGAGAAAAGCCCUAUCAUUGUGAAAAAUGCAACUUGCAUUUUCGCCACAAGAGUCAGUUGCGGUUACACCUGCGGCAGAAGCACGGCGCAAUCACCAACACCAAGAUCCAAUAUCGCAUGUCCUCGACAGACCUACCGACCGACUUGACGAAGGCAUGCUGAGCAGGCACUUAGGGGCAGACCUGACCAUGGCAUUAUAUGACCUGACAUGUACAAUCAUUCAAAAUUUUAGUGCCACACUGUGUUAAUCGGACAAGAAGGAAAAAAAAAACUACACUGGCAAGAAUUGCCAGUCUAAACGGGUUUCCUCUACAUUUGAACAUAGAACCACAAUAUGGUCUCUUGUAGUCACUUUAUUGUUUAUAUUUACAUAUUUACAUAUAUAAAUGUUGGGAGUGUUUUUAUGUUUUGAGUUACUAAAAAAAGCUUUAUUUUGUUGGAAGAAGGAUGGAAUGUAAAACAUUUAAAUCCGGUUUUUGAAAAUACAGUAUUUUCUAACGAAAAAAAAAAUACUUUUCUGAAGGUACUGGGGAUUUUGAUUGAGGUUGGAAUAUUUUAAGUCAAACACAUUUCUCGCAAAGCAAAGAAUUGUGUCUAUAGAUUUUUAUAUAUAUAAAUAUAUAUAUAAAUGUACAGGUUACACUAUGUUGGAACGACCUCUGUCUUGUAAGAGGAACUCCUAACUGUGACUAUAGCAUUGAAUAUCUUACUUGGUUUAUGUUGUGUACUUUUGCGAAUAAUGGCUGCUCUCUCAAAUGGAAAACAUGCAUGAGGUGGGUUGCCACUGAUAAACUUUCACUAUGUAGGCAACUGCAUAAAUAUUGUGACAUGAAGUGUAAUUACUUUACAUCAAGAUUGCUCUCUGCUGGCAGAGCCGAUCUGGAAUUACAUGGUAACAUAUGCAUUCAAAAGUAAUAACGAUUAUAAUAAUAAUAAUAAAAAAAGAAAAGGUACUGCUAUGUUAUGACCAAGGAGAUAUUUUGCUUCAGAUGUAUUUGUAUAGAAACGUGACUUUUUAUUUCUUUUGGCAAGUGAAGGUUUACAGUUUUGUCGUUGUUUUAGAAGCUAUGUAAAAGGUUAUACUAUUGUCUUUAUUUUCUUUUCUUUUUGUCUGUGUAUACACUGUGUACUCAAGGUGCCUUUCUCAAUGGUGUCUGAAUUUCUUUUCAUUCAGCCCAGCUCUACUAAGGUACAACUGAAGGGCAACACGUGUCCUUUUUUUCCCCUUUUCGAGUGUGUAAACAUGUGAGAAUGUUUUUGUGACAGAAGGACGGCGUGACCGAGUGUGUGUGCAUGUGUGCUUUAUAAAUGCUUUUCACACACUUCAAGAAAAAAUGCAACUCAUUGCGUAAGCUUCUUCAGGACUUGUUUUGGGAUUGGGCUUUUUUAAAUAAUAAGAAAAAAUGCAUUAAGCUUACUGUAAAAUAUAGAUGUAUGAAUGUAAAAUAAAAGUA